GGGAACUGCGUGGAGCGCUUCAUCGCCACCAGCCAGUUAAUCCUGAACCGGCUGGAGCAGACGCAGAAGUCCAAGUCGGCCUUCUCGGAGAGCCUGUCGGACUGA